GUCCACGAUCUGCUAUGGAUUCCCAGCCGUCCCUGCCGCCACCAUCACUCCCGAUUUCCGACAUCACCACACCAUCAUGGCCAAGAAGAGCUGUAAAGGCGUGCGCGAGUUGCAGACGCGACAAGAUACGAUGCGAUGGAGCAAGACCUUGUGGAGGAUGUCUGAAGAAGGGGUAUGCUCCUGAUCAGUGUAUCGAUGGAUGCGAACAUUGUCGAAGGGCUCGAGUACGGUGUGAAGGCGGAAAGCCCUGCUCGAGGUGCAGAGAAAACCAGUUUGAAUGCGUAGAAGAGCAGGGUCCUAUCAUCUUGCGUUCGGAGUCUCCGUCGAAGCUCGUCGUUCGUUCAGCUCGUUCAAGGGCGAAUGAUCGGGCAAAGUUAGCUUGUCAGAAUUGCAGGAGGGACAAUAAGAAGUGUGACGAUCAGAGACCUUGUUCGCGCUGCGUUGCUCGAUCCGAAGAGUGCAUCCAUGUUGGACGAGGUCCAAAGCUGGUGAAGUUGCGCUGUGAGAGUUGCAGACAAGAUAACAAACGUUGUGAAGACAUCAGACCCUGCAAGAACUGCGUCGAGCAAGGUAAGGAUUGUAUCAAUAUGCCAAGAAAAGGCAGAGGCCAUGGGACGCGUGUAAAGGCAGUCAGUAACUAUCCAUUUCUAACUGCAAAUUUUGAUCGCUUACUCCUCAUGUAGGCUUGUACGAAUUGCAGGUAAGAUGAAUUCACCUCUUUUUACCAGUUAAAUAGACUACCGCAUUUUUUAAGGCGAGAUAAGAUCCGGUGCGAAGGAGUCAGACCUUGUGUCACCUGCGUUAGGAAGGGGUAUCAAUGUGUCGAUCGGGCCUGUAAAUCAUGUACCCAACAAGGUCUAGAGGCGCAAUGUACACAUCGAAAAGCGCAAGAUCUUGGUAGUUCCGAAGAUGAGGAAGAACAUGCUGACAGGGGGCCGCCCAGAAAUGAUUUUCAACAAUCGUCUUCUUCCUCAAUGGCCCUACCUCACCCGCCUUUACCACCUAUGGCAUAUUCUUCACUCAACUACGGCCUUCCGCAAUACUAUCCAAUGCAUCAACCUUCAAUGAUGCACAACCACCCUCUACCGCCUGGACCACCCGGGAUGUACGCUCCUCCGGAAAGGCCUACCUAUUAUCCUGUUAUCGAUCCGCAGAUCGAUUCUCCUCUUCGUAUUGUUUCGUCUGAACGUUUCGAGCCUCCGCCUUCGUCGUCACAGGGCGCUAUGCGACAUCCAUAAAUUCUAUCUUGUAUUUCUUAUCGUUUGAGAUAAUACAGCGACUUUGAAUAACAAAACACGAGUACAGAUUUACAUUAUCGAUUCAGAGUAUUGUAGAAUGACUUCAGAAUUACCCACCAUGACUCAGCCACUAGGUUGAAUGGGUUUGUUUGGUCGUAUUUGGUCACAGUGUAUAACGACGCCUUUGUCGAUUGCAGUUUCGUGUUUACCCAUUGUCCCUCACCGUAUAUAUAUCUGUUCUAACUGACCUUUAUUCAUUCAUUAAUUUUAACAUGAGCGAUUCUUUUUCAACAUCACCAGAGUUACCUAAGGUGGUCAAAGUCAAAUAUUCAGGCAGGGCCAAGAGAAGAAGGAGUGUUGUGGAUAAUACAGAAAUCUCCUCCCAGGACGAGGAGAACUUGUCGCCGGCUGAAAGUAUGGGUGAUAAGUCUGUUGUCCAGACUCCUCGAAAGUCAGAGAAGGACGGCAAACGUAAAACUGGCCCUAAAAAGGUCGAGGUGCAUUUGCCAGGACCUUCGCCUCCGAAGCGUAAACGGCUUGAUCACGAGGAAAACCAGGACUCUGUUAAAAAACCCUCGAGCAAGAGUAUCCAUCGCCGCAACUCAUCUGUCGUUUCCUUGCGUGGUCAAGAUCUCCAGGAGAGUCCAGCUGCACUCCCUACUUUCUCGAAGCCUUUGUCUGCCGCCGGGUCAUCUUCCAAACACGCGAAAUCCUUAUCAGUAUCGUCGAAGCGCCCAGAUACCCCUGACAGCGAAGAUGCAGUUUCGAUCGCGGAAUCUUCGAAUAGUCGAGUAAGAAGAACUGAAGCGGAGCGCAUUCAGAUAUUCAAAGACGACGAAAACUGUGGCGAGAUGGAGCCACAGCGAGUUUUUUGUCUUCGUUGCAGCAAGUGGAUCAGUGUGGGUCCCAAGUAUUCACUGAAUCCUUGGGAGAGGCAUAGGACAGGGUGCGACCGGAGGUCUCCACGCCCUAAACAGACUAUUACCACUGACAGAAACGACAAGCAAGCGAAAGAAGGAGAGAAGGAAGAAGUCGAUGACGAUGUUACUUCUAAACCCCCGAGUAAAUCAGCCUCGAAGACUGAAUCGGAGAGGCUAUCCUUCUUAGAAGCAGACCCUCGCGCUCAAGAAAUUAGACCACAUGAGGUUCUAUGUCGAUCUUGCCAGAAAUGGGUUCGACUUGCUGCCACCCAGAAAUAUGCUCUUGGAAAUUGGAGCGUCCAUCAAGGACGAUGCUGUGGAACUUCACCUGAUAGUCGGACGGCAACUGCGGAACGGAAACGCCAACUUCUGAAUGAUCCUCAGGCCAAGUCAUCCACUCGCCAUCAUGUCGAAUGCGCCUUUUGUGAAUUGUCUGUGGCUCUGGACAAGGCCAACGCUUUUGAUCUAACCAAGUGGAACGAACACAAGGCCCAGUGUCUUUCAUCCUCUCACGCGGCUAAUAUAUCCGUUGAAUCAAGCAGUUCUAAUUAUACUACUAUUUCUCAGACGACUCCAGAGAAGCCAAUGACGGCUGAUAGCUCCAAGUCGUCUACAAGAGUUUUCAUCCGUCCUCCGGUCUCCUCUGCUAGUGCCUCGACUGAAGCCACAAUUAUAGCUUCGGAAAGUCCUCCGGCACGAGCUAAUCGUAAGCGAGCACGAGAAGACGAGGACAAAGACAAGGACGAAGAUGAGAGGCCAGUUAUACGACCUCGAACGGAGAACUAUGUACCUCCGCAGAAUAAGCCGCCUGGUCCAUUGGGAUGGUUCUUACAGCCUUUCAAGGCUUUUGUGCGUGGAUUCCGUGAGGGCUUAGGUACCCCGAAUUCGACGUCUCAGGAUACGUAAAUUAUGUACAUUUACUGGCAGCAAAGUAUUUAUAUAUUCAGUUCGGGCAUAAUAUCAAGUUGUGAUUCACAAUAUU